UCGGGCGGUCCUCGACCCUACACCGUUUGCCUGACUACGUUACUGAAGGGGGCUAGCCGGUUUAACUAAAAAGACUACCCAAGGGGGGAAAGGCAACACCGACUAGAAAAAGUAUCGUGGAGUAAGCGGUGGGAGAGAGGGUGACACAAACCAGGGAUACCAAGGUUCAGUCUGUGUUUGUCCACCAGAGAAGCUGUACCAGUGACAAACAUCUGUCCAGUAAGAUUAAUCUGAAGGAUGUGAUUAUUAAUAUGUUGGUAAUUGUCUCAUGAUUGAAUAUCAGGUAUUGAUGAUGUGUAACUGUGAUUUGUCACUUGAUUGACAACUACUUUCUCCCCACCAAGGAUUUUGGUUUAUUGGUGCAGUGUUAUUGUGACAAGAGUGAGUAUUCUUCAUUGACUUGGAGAUUGACUUGUGUUGAGUGAACCAAUGUGAAAGAAGGAAAGCCAUCAUCCGAUGAUUGAUGAACCUUCAGUUUAGUGGAUGAGUGAUACCCUUAAGUUAAUCAAUUCAGGAAAUCUUGUUCUUCCUGGAGUCCCUGAUAAAUCAGACUCUGUGAAUCAUUGCCGAGGUCUCCAAUGCAGCGUCAUCGACUUACUUUGCUGUCUCCACCGGCAUUCCGUUGGUGAAGGCAUCACAAUGAUCACUUCAGUUUGAGUGUCUCGGAGGUGUUCACAACUAAAAAACCCCUUUCUGAUUAACUUCAAGUGUUGAUAAUCACUGAUAAAUACGAGUGCGGAGGAGGUUAAAGGUGGUUACGGUGGUGCCACGUUCGGAUACGCAAGUCGGCAGGCCGGCUCUGGGGUGCCGGGUCCGGGGGGUGUGAUGAGCUGCUCCGAGGUGAUGUAUCAAUACUAUCCUUACCUCUAUCAGAGGCCACCGCCGCCCCCGCAUCCCAGUCACCCUCAUGCUGCAUCACAUCCACAUGCACAUGCUAAUCCCCAUGCUGCUCAUCAUAGUCCCGCCAGGCCAGCGCCUUUUCAACCGUUCUCGGCUACUGCUACUCAUCAGUAUGACAGGUUGAAUGUACACCAGAGAUCGUUGGAGGCAGCGGGUUUGGAGUUGUGUGCAACCAGCGGAAGUGUACCACAGGGACAACCUAGCAGUGCGGGAUCAGUUGGUUCAGCGCCAAGUCCUGCAUCGCCACGACCUACACCCCAACCUAGAGUACCUUUAACAAGUACUACGCAACCAUCGAGAACUCUUGAUGACGAUAGAUCGACUGAUGUAAUAAAAAUAACGACAAAAUUUCGUAACGAAAUAUGUCAAUCAGCUGUAGGUGCAGUAACGACAGCCGAGGAUUCGGACGAUGGUGAGAGUAGAGCCCAAUACGUUAGUGCCAAUUGCGUUGUCUUCACUCAUUACCGAGGUGAUGCAGCGUCCGAGGUCGAGGAACACUUCCAACGUGCCUUGGCACACGAUAAAGUCAAAGAAAACAUCCCCAUGUCAACGAGAAAUUUUCCGCCAUCCUUUUGGAACAGUCAACACCCCGGCGACGUUUACGAUUAUGCAACGGACCCAUGGCAUCCCCACUACCCCCAGUACCAUCACAGAGCCGUCCACGAAUAUCAUCACCACAACAUGGCGGCAGCGGCGAGUUACGGCGGCCUGUUGUUAGGUGGCGCCAGAGGUCUUGGUCACCACACCUCCCACCACACGGCUCACCAUGUGCACGCAGCGCCGUCAUACAAGGACUGGACGUCAACGACACCGUCGCAAUCCCUCGUCGACGCAUCUUCAGCGCCCCCCUACCCCCACGGCCCUUACGCACCCCUCUCCGAUCUAGAUCCACAGGUACAGGAUUCCAAGGAUCUCUACUGGUGAUUUAAGUCAAGCUCCAUUUUUUUAGCGACAGGGAGAUGAAAUUUCCACAAGUUACAUGAAUUUUCAAGUGAAAAUGAAUAUUUACUGCCAAAUUCCCCUGAAUUUUCCGGAAAUUUCUUUGAAAUUCUUGGAAUUUCAGAAAUCUUUGAAGGUAUUCCCUGGGUUAUCCCCGGUAAUCACGGGGGACUCGAGAGGAUUAUUGUGAUGACUCGCGUCCGGAACUGAAAAAAUUUUUUUGUUAUAACUGUUGAUGGAGGGACUCGGUUCAUGUGACCGUUUAUGCGGGAGAAGUGUGUACAUAGUGUUACCUAAUUAUUUUAAGGUUGUUUAGGUAGUGAAGUUGGGGAGAUUGUGGGACAUGUAGGGGUAGAUAGCGACCGGCGCACACUAUUUCACGGAUGUUGAAGUGAACGUCAGGAGAGGUUUGAUCGUGGAGUAGAUUUUUUUUGGUGUAGAAUAUUUUAUUGAAUUGAAAAAUAAUAUUGUAGUGGAUCACAGGAUUUUUU